AUUCACUAUAGAACAAAGUACCUUUCGAAUGGACCGUUUAUAUUGCAGAUCCAAUAGCGGCUAAAACCUUACUUAACACAAGAGAUAUCCCCAAAGACCAAUCCGUUUUCCACAAACUUGCAGAUUCAACGCCUAGUGUCAGGCUUUUUGGUUACGAAAAUCUCCCGCUUAGCAACGGCAUUACAUGGAAGAAGCAACGAAAGCUGCUACAUCCGGCUUUCAGUCGAGCUGUGCCGACGGACGUUUUCGGAAAAGUGAUGCUCCGAGUCUACAACAACAUAAACAACUAUGCGGGAAAUCCUGUCAAAAUUCUGCAGCUGAUGCGAUUGAUGAGUUUGGAUGGAGCGUUGGACGGAAAGGAAUCAGAAUGGACCGCGUUACAGCAUGACUUACUUACUGCAUUAAUUGAUCCCGUUCAAUACCAAAGAUUUUUUCCUCAUCUGAAAUCAAGCAACAACGCCAUCGAUGUCCUCAAUCAAUACCUCCUAAGCAAAGCACACAAGCGACGAUCUAUGCUUCAAACACAACAACAGCAACAACUUGGAAGCGAGCCCGAGAAUGAGAAAGACGUUCUCACACUGAUGGUAGAGGCGGAAAUGAAGGAUGAAGAGGCUCACCCAUUGGAAGAACUAAGGGCAAAUGCGGUCAUCCUUUUCGGAGCCGGUAAUAUCAUUUUGUAUGAGCUUAAUUUCGACCCCACCCAUUCAUUGCUUCUUGUCCAGGGUACGAAGUUGCAGGUCGCGUUCUGCAUUUAUCAUUUGGCCGCUCACAAAGAUAUUCAAGACAAAGCUCGUCGGGAAGUACUUGACAUGCUUGGAGAUGAACCAAAGGAUGUUAUUCCUACCUUUGCCGAAACCCAAAAUAUGGAAUAUAUCCACAUGAUCGCAAAAGAAACAUUGCGAAUAAGCCCACCGGCAGAUACCAUCUGGCCUCGAAUAACUCAAGAAGACGCCUACAUUGGUGAUACCUUCAUUCCCAAAGGCACCAAGAUUAGCAUUGAUAUACAUGCUCUUCAAAAUCGUCCGGAUAUCUGGGAUCAACCAGCCGAAUUUAGGCCGGAGCGAUUUGCAAAAAUUGAUGAACAUGAUCAGCAUGAAGGCAUGACAUGGAUUCCUUUCAGCAGCGGCAAUCGUAAAUGUAUUGCUACCAAGUACGUAAUGACGCAACUAAUUGUGUGCUUGGCAAUGUUAUUACGAAAAUACGAAUGGGAUCUUCCCGAAGAUUCACCAUACCGCGGCGGUAUUAUCUAUGAAACGGUAUACAGCACAUUCCCCGCAUCUCUUACUAUUAAUUUCAACGCACGCUACUGA